AUGUUGAGCAUCAAAGACCUGAGGAUUGUUGUUCUCUGCCUUGUAUUUGCUUGCACCACCGCCAUCAAACAACAACACGUUGAUAACCUCGAUGUAGAGGACAUCACAAGAACCCAGCAACAUCAGCCAUCGACUGAUGGCGCAGAAUUGUAUCAUUCGAUGAAGCGAAAGUUCAAGAAAUUCUCUAGCCUUGUCAGGCUUGUUCAGAAGAAGUAUGGGAUAUCGCUCAGUCAGGCAGCGAGCACUGUCAAGGCUCGAUCGCUGCUAAAGAGAAGCUGGGAGAAGCUUCAAAAGCUCCAAGACGGUUACAAGAAAGCUGCUGCUAGAAGAAUCAAGAAGAAGGCCAGGAAAGUGGAGCUCCAGAAGCAGGCAAUCGAGUCCUCUGCACAGCAGCAGGGAAGGAGGGUAAGCAAACAGGAAGCGGUGUUCUUGUUCACGGCUCUCAACCCGCCGGUGCAGCCAAGGGAAGUGACCUUCCCUCUGAGCGAGGAGGAGUUUGUACGGCUGCUGGCAUCGAGAGAAGCGUUGGUGGAGACAGCGGAACAGGAGCUGAGGGAGGGGAAGCUCACGAGCGCGGCGAUGAGAAAGAAUUUGAUGAUGGAAGCAGACGCCAACCAGAGAGAAAGGAGAGACAUCCUUCUGCAACACUGCUCUCGAGGCAGGAGCCUGCACGCUACGAGCAUCGGCAUGGCGUUGGCCCAGUUCGACCUGCUGGCAGAGGAGGUGCAGGAGAAGGCGAUCAUGAGAGCGAGGGAGAACAUUGACAGCAUGCCUCCCGGAGGGCUCCAGAACCUCCUCGAGGCGAUGGCGGAGCGAGUUCUGAACGAGACGAGGACGCUGAGCCAGGACGCGACAGAUCGCGCGGAAUGGUUCGCGAGGAACUACUCGCCUCCUCGGUCCAGCGCCCAUCCUGUGAUGUAG